AUGCAAUCGCAGACCCCGUUCCUCGAAGACUGGCUGCGAAGCUGCAGCGGGGGCGGCGCCGGCGGCGAGCCACCGCCGGCGUCCCAUACUUCCUCCACAGGCCGGAGCAUCCUCCACGCAUGGGCUAUCCUCAGAGAGGUGGCCUCCGCCGCUCCGCCGCCGGAAUCGGGCGAGCUCCACAGCCGCUGCCUCAGCGCCCUCCAGACCCUCGUCGACUCCCGGGCCUCUCUCCACGUUGCAGACCCCCAGGUGAAGCUCCUGCUCUCCAUCCUCUCCUCCCCCUCUCCUCCUCCCCCGCCGCAGUCAAUUCCGGCCAUCUUCCGCCUCCUGUACAUAUGGGCUAGGAAGUCCACCAGGCCGUCCCCUUCCCUGCUCCAGUCCGCCGUCUCCAUCCUCUCUCGCCUCGUCGUCUCCCUUCCAGGGGAGCCCUUCCCCGCUCAUGCCGUCCUCCUGCUGGGGGCCCUAUCGGCGUCCCCCGCCAUCGCCGAAGAAUCUCGGCGGUCCUGCCUGGAGCUCCUCUGCCGUCUCCUGCAAGAAGACCUGGCUAUGGGCGGCGGACUAACCGAGGGGCUCGUUCCAGAGGUCCUCGCAGGGAUCGGAUAUGCCCUCGGCGGGGCCGUCGCCGGGGACUACGCCGGCAGAAUCACGGCUUCCUUGAUGGGUAUUUGGUCUGUGGCUGGCGGGCCUCGCGCUAGCCUCCUCCAUGGUCUCAUGAUCUUGAGCUUGCUUGAAUGGGUGGUCGCCGGUUUUAUCACUUCGAGCUCGAUGGGCAAGAUCGAAUCCCUCUGUGGAUUCUUCGCCGAGAAUCUGGAUCCCGGCAAGUUCCCUGGGUUUGCUGUUAUCAUGGCCUCCGCCGGUAUCCUGAGGGCUUUCCGUCGGGCCUCGCCCAACAGCAAGCUCAAGCUAACUCCUCCAUUGAAGAAUUCGAUCGAAGGCUCCAUUGCCGCCGUCGCCGAUCAUCUGAUCUCCAGAACGGCCGAUGAAUCCAUCUCGGGCGACGACCCUGAAGGCCAUCUUCUUCUCCAGUGCACCGCCAUUGGCCUAGCUCGAUGCGGCCCAUUCAGCUUCCAUGCUUCUGUGCUUAAAUGCGUCUGCUCGGCCCUUCUCAGCGAGGUCUUCCCUCUGCUCUUCUUCUUCGGAAGGAUCCUGCAGAGGAGAAACACAGACGCCACCGAGCUCACUCUCGACCAGGUGAAAGCUCAUGUGGGCGGCGUCCUCUUCAAGGAGGCCGGCGCCGUCUCCGGGGUACUUUGCAAUAUGUACUCCGCCGCCGACGAGGCAACUCAGAAGGCGGUGGAAGACCAAAUCUGGAGCUACUGUGAAGAGUUCUACAGGAGUCACCGCUCGGUCUCAUUCCAACUUCGAGGUGGGGAACUGGGCAGCGCUCUGGAUGAGAUCGCCGAAGCUUUCUUCCUCAUGGUGGUGCUCUUCUCCGCGGAAGCAACGAAGAAGAAGUUGACUUCAAAGCUCCCCCACGGGGUCCACUCAGAAUUUUCUGUCAGGGUCUUAGUUUCCUUUUCCUGCAUCGAGUAUCUGCGGCGAAUUCGCCUGUCGGAGUACACAGACGCCGUCCGGGGGGCUGUUCUUGCCGUCCAGGAAGAUCCCGCGGCCUGCACCUCAUUCAUCGCCUCAAUGCCCCCCUACUCCGAGUUGACCAACCUGCCAGGUGCGCCAUCGAUUCUUCUUGACGUGGGUUCUCUCAAUGAUCAGCAUCUCAUUCGGAUUGACAGCUUAAAAAAUGGUGUUCUAAAGGGUCUGACCUCCCCGCGGGGGUGAGAUACAACUGGGCAGAAGAUGAGGUUCAGACUGCCCGAGUGCUGUUCUAUCUCCGGGUCAUCCCCACCUGCAUCAGCCGCAUUCCGGGGGAUAUAUUUGUGAAGACAGUCGCGCCGACCAUGUUCUUGUAUCCUCGCCGACGUGGAACGAAAAUAUAUCUGAUUUCUUAAUUUUCUCCCUUUUUUCUCACAUAUUUCUCCCCUGGGUGGGGUUGACCCUUAGCUUGAGCCGCAGAUACAUGCACCACAAUCUGGAGAAGGUGGCCCGGUCCUCGCACUCUGUCUUUUCGGCAUUUGUCACUUCUGGAAUAGAUUCUGAUGAGGAUGAUGAUCUGGGUUUGAAGGAGAAGCUUGUUUUCUACUACAUGCAAAGGUCUUUAGAGGUACACUCGACCGCAACCCUUAAAGCUUAAACCCUAAUUUUUAUUUUUAUUUAUUUUUCUUUUCUGACUCUAUAUGAAGGCUUAUCCUGAGAGAACACCGUUUGAGGGGAUGGCUUCUGGGGUAGUAGCUCUGGUUAGGCAUCUUCCUGCCGGUAGCCCAGCCAUAUUCCACUGCAUCAGCACUCUCAUGGAGAAAGCAUCCAGUCUCUGCGGCAGGGCCAUGGCCGAAGAAGAGGAUCUUUGGAAGAACUGGCAAGGAGAUUCAGAACCCUGCAAGAAGGUAUUGGAUUUGCUUCUGCGACUAGUCACCAUUGUUGAUAUUCAGGUAUGAUUAUCUUAUGAGUUUGGGUAUUCAUCUAGUCAAUUUCUUCUCAUAUGUAAUUGGAAAGUAACCAGAAUUGGAUAGAGCAAGCCAAAAUACCCAAAGAAGGGACUGAGAGCAUGAAGAAAACAUUGCAUUAUUCAAUAAUAUUAGUUUCUUGGGGGAAGAACCUAUAUAUAUAUAUAUAUAUAUAUAUAUAUAUAUAUAUAGUCCUUGAAGUGCUGAAUCUGUUCAAUUGUUCCUCUCUGGUUUUUCUUUCCCUCUAGGGUUUGAGAGCUUUCUUAAUUCCUCUUGAACAGGUGCUGCCGUACCUGCUGAAACAGUUGGCUUGGUUCGUCGGCCGGCUCCCGGCGGAGGGCCGGAACACCAUACUCGGCGAGCUUCACGCCCUCGUUGCGGAGUCGGACGACGUGACAAGAAAGCCGACGCUGGUCUCAUGGGUGCAGUCCCUCUCCUACAUUUCCUCUCAGACGGAGGCUGCCACCCUCAGACAAGCUUCCGGAGCUUUAAAGAACGGGCUAUUUGAUGCCCAUUCCAGGCUCUGA